GAUAUAAAUAUUCAUUGGGAUAAGAAGAGGAAUAAUCAACAUUUGUCAGAACACAACUAUUUUUUACCAAUGAUAAACUUCAAAAUAAAUAGGGAUAUUUUACAUUUAGAUGAUACCAAUAAAGAAAAAGAAUUUGAUGUACCUGUUACAUAUUCAAUAUUGCCUGGUGUCCGACUGAAUUCACAAGUUUACAUGGACAAUUUACACCACAGAUAUUAUAAACAUUCAAGUCGGAACUAUAUAAUAUAUUUAGUAUGUGAAAAUCAAAAGAAUAAAACAGAGUUCUGCCCAGUAAUGGCAUCUAUAAGUGUAGAUUUGAAUAACAAUAGAAUAAAAACAACUGGGAAACAUAAUCACCUUCCUCGGCAAGUGGAUAUUUCCAUGGUCAAUUUAAGAAGAGCAAUUGGUCUACAAGCAACAAGAUCUGAAUCACUAUCUAUUCCAAUCAAACAGUUAUACAACCAAGAAAAAACCAUAAAUCCAGAAGGUGCAAAAAAUUAUUCUUUAUCACAGUCACAAUUGUGUGUGAGAAGAAUGCGUCAACGUCGUAAAGUGUCCCCAAUUUUUUAAGACGCAUCAGGUUCCUUGAAUUAGAUAUUAAGCCUUUACUAUCAACAUUUACCUAUAGAUAAAUAUUAAAUUAGAUUUAAAUUUGCUGUAUAAUAAACAUACUUAAUUAAACGACUUAGCUGAAAAUAUGCUUAAMACCUACCCCCUUUUUUUUUGCUUUUGUCAAAAUCAAUUGAUUGUUCUCCUUUAUUUUUGUAUUUUAAAAAUGACAAUGUAUAAUUUAAUGUAAAUAUAUUUUUGUUGUAUUUUUAAUUUUUAACUUACCUAUUUUUAAAUGUAUGUUAUUAAGUUAGAAGAUGUCAAUGUCAUUAUUGAUGCUCUUUUAUUUUUUUAACACACUGUUACAUACACUUUAUGAUAUUCAAAAAAACUUAACAUUAUACAUCACUAUAUAGCUUAUAUUACAGUUAUAAUAUAACAAACAUUCAAAUUGACACUAAUUUAAUGUGGGACAUUAAUAUUUUUAGGAGAACACUAUGUAACUACUAAUUUAUGAUAUUUUAGUAUUGUAAUAGCGUCUAUAUACCGAGUGAUCCAUUUAAGUGGGUACACUAAUUAUGGUAAUCAGUCAAAAUAUCCAAAUGUAUCCGUUUUUACGUAAAUUAGUAAAUUACACAU